CAGUCCCGCAUGCAAAUUUAACCAGUUGACAUUUCUUUUAUGAACUUGCUAAAUAAAAUGCCUAAAUCUACUUAAUGUUUGUGUUGCAACCAGUAGACUGCUUAAAGGGGCCACUGUCCCUUUAAGAGCAACCUACGCUUGUUUAUCCUGUUCAGUAACGAGGUUGAGAGUGGAGUGACUGACGGCGAUCCACGAAUAAAACCAGCAGCUGUGGAAUGCCAGUCAAGGAGCCACUCCCAUUAUGAUUUCAAAAGUUAUUAUACCGUGAAUGUUCCAGUGAAAGCACCAAAAUGGCAGAAUUAGUCUCUGAUGCUCAAAAUCCUUUAAACUGCCCGAUCUGUCUGAACCUGUUUAAGAACCCGGUGACUACAGCCUGUGGGCACAGUUUCUGUAUGGACUGUAUAAAGGGUUGCUGGGAUCGAGAUGCUUCUUUGAGGCGAGCGUACAGCUGCCCUACAUGCAGGAAGACGUUCAACCGAAGACCAGAUCUCAGCAGAAGCACGGUCCUGGCUGAGAUUGUAGAGGGAAUGAAACAGGAAGUUCCAGCUAAGCCUGAAGAUGUUACGUGCGAUUCUUGCAAAGGAAGAAAACUCAAAGCCGUCAAGUCUUGUUUGUUUUGUAUGGCUUCUUACUGCCCAACUCACAUUCAGCCUCAUUACGAGUCUGAAGCUUUUAAGAAACACAAGCUGGUAGACGCUUCCUCGGAUCUACAGCAGCAGAUCUGCCCUCAGCAUCAUAAAGCUCUGGAGAUAUACUGCUAUAACGACCAGAAGUGUAUAUGUGUAGUUUGUAUGGGGACUCAACACAGUGGACAUCGAACGGUCUCAGCUGCAGCUGAAAUGGCAAAAAAACAGGAAGAACUGAAAAUACAAAAGAGGGAUCACAUUCAGGAAAUCACGGACAUAGACAAGAAGAUCCAGGCAUUUAGGAAGGCUGGGGAUUCUCACGAGCGCUCUGCGUGGGCUUCGGUGGAGCACAGCGAGAGGAUCUUCGGUGAGCUCGUCCGCUCCGUUCAGAAAAGACGAGCUGAGGUGAGAGAACUGAUCAGAGCUCAGGAGAAGAAGGAGAUAGCACAGAUCAAUGAUCACAUACAGCAGCUGGAG